UCCUUUCCUGUUUGGGUGUGGUUGUUACACGUGUUCAUAAACAAUUAUGUACUGUAUAAUUAUUGUAGCUGUCUAGUCUACCAAAAUAGCCAGGAGAUUCAUGGAGAGUUUGUUGGACACAUUUUGCUUGCCAGUGUCUAACUUCUGGUGGGAUGGUCCGAACUGCCCUGACAACAGGACCAGUUGCUAUGAUGAGGUGGACCUGUCUCUGUGCUUUGAGGACUCGGCCAUAUUCUAUGGCAUUGUGGCGUUGUUCUUGUUCUUAGCAGUGUUUUGGUUUAUUUCAGCAAUUCCAGUUGUUUGUGGCAGCCAAACAAGACCAAGUAUUCCCAUUGGACUGCUUCAUGUCGCAAAGCUUCUGCUGCUGCUUGUUCCCCUUGCCACUGCACUGUGUGACUUUGGCUACACCAUCUACCAAGGUGCUGGGUCAGCCGCUCCCUACCAGUACCUCAGUCCACUCGUCCUUACUGUCACCAUGGUGGUUUGCCUGCUCAUGAUGACGAGGGACAGAAUAGUAGGACAGCGAUCUUCUGGUCUCUUGUUCUUGUUUUGGCUGGGACUGGUCAUCUACGGCACCAUCAAACUGAGGACACUCUCACUGCUUUCCAUCGAUAAUAAUGGUGUUCAAGAUGUGUUCCGAUUUGUGACGUUUGUGCUACAGUAUAUGACCUAUAUAGCACAGUUCGUGCUCAGCCUGUUUAAGGAGCCAACAUCCAAGAAGUAUUCAACCAUAGAUGUUACACAGCAGCAACGAAAACCUUGUCCGGAAAUGGAGGCCACCUUCCUCUCUCGGAUCACAUGGUGGUGGCAGAAUGCACAGAUCUGGUAUGGCUGGAGACACCCACUCACUUAUGAUGACCUGGCUGACCUCAAUGAGAAAGAUAAAUCUGGAGUAGUUGCUCCUCAGUUCCAGAAGCACUGGGACAAUGAAAUUAAGAGAGCUGGUAUCAACUUGUCUGAUAAAGAGCAAGGGACUAGUAAUCGACAUCAGCUAGAACAAUCAUUUGACGAGUCUUAUCGUCCGAGCGGUCGUCUAUUCAGCUCUGAUGUGGAGCACGAGACUAGACAGAAAAAAUCAGCCCCCUCUCUCGUCCGUGCACUGUUCAAGACUUUCUGGAGGAUUUUCUUAAUUUCAGGACUUUUUAAAUUGUCUCAAGACCUCCUUGCGUUUGUUAGUCCUCAGCUGCUUAGAUUGAUUAUCGGUUUCACCAAUGAUCCUAAUGUCCCGUACUGGCACGGCUACCUGUUUGCCAUCCUUCUGUUCUUGACAGCUGUUGUCCAAUCUCUUCUAUUGCACCAGUAUUUUCAUCGUGUGUUUCGCAUGGGCAUGAGAAUAAGAACUUCCAUCAUCGCUGCUGUAUAUGACAAGUCUCUUCGUUUGAGUAACAAGGCUCGCCGCACCAGCACAGUCGGAGAGAUAGUCAACCUUAUGUCAGUAGAUGCUCAGAGAUUCAUGGACCUCAUGACGUUCAUACAUCUGAUCUGGUCUGCUCCACUACAAAUCCUGCUUUCUCUAAUAUUCCUCUAUUUGUCAAUGGGUCCCUCCAUCUUUGCCGGGGUGGCAGUGAUGAUACUGACAAUUCCAGUCAAUGCUUUGAUAGCUUCUUACUCUAAGAAGUUACAAGCCAAGCAAAUGGUGUUCAAAGAUUCGAGGAUAAAGAUUGUCAAUGAAGUCCUUAAUGGGAUCAAGGUUAUCAAGCUGUAUGCGUGGGAGUUACCUUUCCAAAAGAUGAUAUUUGGUAUUCGUGAUAAGGAGUUGGAUGUACUCAAGAAAGCCACCUACCUGAAUGCAGCUGGCUCAUUCACAUGGAUGUGUGCUCCUUUCAUGGUUGCUUUGGCCACGUUUGCCACGUUUAGUCUGGCGAACUUAAAUAAUCCCGAUGAAGGGUUAACAGCUGAAAGAGCAUUUGUUGCUUUGUCGUUGUUCAACAUUCUACGCUUCCCUCUCUCCAUGCUACCUAGGCUAAUAUCAAUGCUUGUACAGGUGGUUGUCUCUGUGAAGAGGUUACGUACAUUCCUGGAGAACGAUGAACUGGACCCAAACACUAUCACUUGGAGGGAGGAUCCUGCCAUCGGUAAGGAAAGUUCUGUGGCAAUGAGUGAUGGGACGUUCUCGUGGGAUGAUGAAGGCAGUAAGGCCACACUGAGCGGAGUGGACUUUGAUGUGAAGGCUGGUGAGCUGGUGGCAGUGGUGGGUCACGUGGGGGCCGGCAAGUCCUCCCUCAUUCAGGCCCUUCUCGGAGAGAUGGACAAGACACAGGGACAAGUGUCAGUCAAGGGUCAAGUGGCUUACGUUUCUCAACAAGCCUGGAUUCAAAACGCCACAGUCAAGGACAACAUUCUGUUUGGGAAGCAGACAAAGGAUAUUUUGUAUAGUGAUUGCCUCAGUGGCUGUGCUUUGGAGCCUGACCUUGAGAUCCUGCCAGGAGGAGACAUGACCGAGAUAGGGGAGAAGGGCAUCAACCUGAGUGGUGGUCAGAAGCAGAGAGUGAGUUUAGCCCGUGCAGUGUACCAGGAGGCCGAUGUCUACCUCCUGGACGACCCUCUCAGUGCCGUGGACUCUCAUGUUGGUAAACAUAUCUUUGACAAAGUGAUCGGCCCUGACGGAAUGCUCAGAGGAAAGGCCCGAAUCUUGGUGACGCAUGGCGUUGGGUUCCUGUCGCAAUGUGACAAGAUUGUGGUGAUGGUGGAGGGGAAGGUGACUGAGACGGGCACCUACACUGAGCUCAUUGAGAACAAUGGAGCAUUUGCCGAGUUCCUCAGAAACUUCAGCAAUAUGGACAAUGAAGAGGGGGAGGAGGGGCCAGACGAUGCUGUGAUAGUACAAGCUCAAAGACAGCAGUCACAGGAGUCAAACUCUGGUGUUGAGCUACAGGUGAUCAAAAGUGACAGAGUCUUCACUGGGUUUCAGAGGUCUCAUAGCCAUACAGAUGAGAAAGAAACCGCAUUAAAUGACACUGAAGGUGCUGUAGAGUUCAACCCUACCCCUGAAGUACUGAGAGCUAAACUUGAGAAGCAAGGAUCACAAGAGUCGCUGGAAAGCAAUGCCAGUUCUCAAGCCUCACUAUUGAAGAGAUCUCAAGAAUCACUGCAGGUCUUGUCGUACCAUUCCUCACAGUCCUCCCUUGAUAAGCAUCCUUCAAAAAAAUCUUUAGAUGGAAAGAAGAGUGGCACAACCAUCAUCGAUGAAGAGAAAGCUAAAACUGGGACUGUCAGUAUCUCUGUAAUCAAGUCCUACAUCAAGGCCUGUACUUGGAUAAUGAGCGUGCUCGUUUUCCUCUUUUAUGGUUUGUCUAACGCCUUGUCAGUCAGCUCCAACUUUUGGCUUGCUGAGUGGAGCAAUGCUGAAGGAAAUUUCAAUAAGACUAACUUCACUGCUAUAACAUUUUGUGACCACCCAGAUCACCUUGAUGUUGGGUGCUAUCUAGGAAUUUAUGCUGGUCUUGGAUUUUCCCAGGCAUUCAUGGUGCUCUUUUCUUCACUUACACUAGCGUCAGCCGGGGUGAUGGCAUCACGAACCCUCCACACUGGAAUGCUUAAGAACAUCCUACGAUCUCCAAUGUCUUUCUUUGACACAACCCCUACUGGUCGAAUCCUGAACAGAUUCUCGAAGGACAUUUAUACGAUUGAUGAGAUUAUACCAAGAUCACUGCAAGCUUUCUUCUUCACCUUCUUUUCAGUAAUCAGCACGAUUAUGGUUAUCGUGAUUUCCACACCCAUUUUCGGGGUGGUCAUCAUACCGCUAGGAAUAUUCUACUUGCUAGUCCAGCGGUUCUAUGUGACCACGUCUCGUCAGCUGAAGCGACUGGAGUCCAUCACCCGCUCACCUAUCUACUCACACUUCCAAGAGACGGUCACUGGGGCCUCCACCAUCAGGGCUUAUCGCAAGCAGGAGAGGUUUAUGCUAGAGAGUCAGUCCAGAGUAGACUACAACCAGAUCGCCUACUACCCAAGCAUCUGUGCUAACAGAUGGCUGGCCAUUCGUCUUGAGUUUGUGGGUAACCUGAUCAUCUUAUCUACCGCUCUGUUUGCUGUCCUUCAGAGAAACUUCCCCGACCAGCUUCCUGGGAUCAGUGCUGGCCUAGUGGGUCUGUCCAUCAGCUACUCAUUGCAGUUGACACAAACCCUCAACUGGGUGGUUCGUAUGACUAGUGAGCUGGAGACCAACAUCGUGGCUGUUGAGAGAACUAAAGAGUAUGCAGAGACCCCCACAGAAGCCCCACCCAUUGUGGAGUCUCACCGCCCCCCUCCCGUGUGGCCUAGCCAGGGACAUGUCAAGUUUGACCAGUACUCCACUCGCUAUAGGGAGGGACUGGACCUAGUCCUCCGGAAAAUCUCAGCAGAGAUCCCAGGAGGAACAAAGGUUGGUAUAGUGGGUCGUACUGGAGCUGGCAAGUCGUCACUCACCCUGGCUCUGUUCCGGAUCAUUGAGUCGGCUGGAGGCUCGAUCUUCAUUGACAAUAUCAACAUUUCUGUGUUUGGUUUAGACGACCUCAGGUCUAGAAUCACCAUCAUACCACAGGACCCAGUUUUGUUCUCGGGGACUCUCAGGGUGAACCUUGACCCCUUUGACACUAAUACUGACCAGGAGGUGUGGUCAGCGUUGGAGAGUGCCCACCUCAGCACAUUUGUAUCUAGUCUUGAGAAGGGCCUGCAACACGAGGUGGCAGAGGGCGGGGAAAACCUCAGUGUUGGUCAGCGUCAGCUGGUGUGUCUGGCUCGAGCUCUCCUCCGUAAGACCAAGAUCCUGGUGUUGGACGAGGCCACAGCUGCCGUGGACCUGGAGACUGAUGACCUCAUCCAGAAAACCAUACGAACAGAGUUUGCUGACUCUACCGUAAUCACCAUUGCACACAGACUUAACACCAUCAUGGACUAUGACAUGGUGAUGGUGCUGGACUCUGGCAGGAUAGCUGAGUAUGACUCUCCCACUGGUCUCCUCUCUGACCACAAGUCUGCCUUCUACUCCAUGGCCAAGGACGCUGGACUGGUGUAACUUAUAGAACAGUUUUUUCAGUUAUAUGUAAUUGGCUUCGUAUUUAUUUAUUAACUUAUAGAACAGUUUUUCAAUUUGUUGAGUUAAUUAGCUUCGUAUUUAUCAAGCUCUUGAAUUAGUGCACCCCCCUGUUUUGUAUUUCACAAGUCAUGACAAAUCUUAACUGUUGUGACAGAUUAAAAAUAUUUCAUCAUCACAA